AUGAUCCUAAAGGAGAAUAAAGUUGAAUCAUUUGUAAGAGUCGAAUCUAAAGAAGUUGAGAAUGAACCUGACAAAACAACAUGGAUCGAGGGUGAUGAAAAGGCCAUCAAGAUCAUAGUUGACGGAGUGAGAAACAAUAUUAUGCGAAUCAUAAAGAAACAUGAGACUGCAUAUCAUAUGUUCAAGGCCCUCAAAAAUGCAUUUGAGAUAACCAAUGCAAGCAGAACCUUGGCUCUAAAAAGAGAGAUAAAUCAUAUAAGUAUGAUAAAAGGGGAGUCAAUCAAUGCCUACUUCAUGUGGAUAUCUACCCUAAGGGAUGUACUAGCAACACUUGGAUACGAAAUCCAAAGCAAAGAGUUAACACUCAUUGCUCUAGAUGGGUUACCUAGUGUCUGGGAAAUGUUCGUUCAAGGCAUCAGUGCAAGGGUUAAAUAUCCAAAUUUUAAGAGGCUAAGAGCAGAUUGUCUUCAAGAAGAAUCAAGGUUGAAUAAGAAAGGGAUCAAGCAUAAGAAUAUAGAUGAACAUCUUCAAGUUCUAAACACCAACUCCAAUAAGAAAAGAAAGAAGAAACAAUUCAAGAAGAGGAAAGGACAUCAAGGCAAGAAUACCUCCAAGAAGGAUCUCUCUCAUAUUCAAUGCUUUAGGUGUGACAAGUUCGGGCACUAUGUUGCUAAAUGUCUUGAAAGAUCUAAACAAGCUACAUUUGUCAAAGUUGGAAAGUCAAAGGACGAAGAUGAUUCCAAGAAAUAUGUGUUCUACUCAACACUUUCAAACCAAGUAUCAAACAAGGCUAACUCAUGGGUGAUUGACAGUGUCUCAUCCAAACAUAUUACAGGGUUCAGAGAAGUGUUAGACUCCAUGAUAGAGGAGACCGAUGAGGAAGUAACAAUUGGAGAUGACUUUGCAUAUCCAGUCAGAGGAAUUGGAACCUGCAUCAUCAGCCUGAAGUCAGGCUUAUCAUUAUAG